CCUGUUAAACCCUAAGAAUAUACUCUUUUUCCUCUCCGAUUUCACUAAACCUAGGUAUACACAAUUUUUCCUCUCCAAUUUCACACCAAUGGGGAAGGUAAAGGGAAAACAUCGUUUGGACAAGUACUACCACUUGGCCAAAGAGCAUGGCUACAGAUCUAGAGCCGCAUGGAAGCUGGUUCAACUUGAUUCCAAGUUCGGCUUUCUCCGCUCGGCUAAUUCCGUGCUCGACCUCUGCGCCGCGCCGGGUGGAUGGAUGCAAGUGGCCGUCGAGAAGAUGCCUGUCGGAAGUUUAGUAAUCGGUGUCGACCUCGACCCGAUUCGACCCAUUCGCGGCGCUCUCUCCGUACAGGAGGAUAUUACCCAGCCUAAGUGUAGGGCGGUGGUUAAGAAACUCAUGGCAGAGAAUGGAUGCAGGGCUUUCGACUUGGUGCUACACGACGGCUCGCCUAAUGUUGGGGGUGCGUGGGCUAGGGAGGCUACCAGUCAGAAUGCUCUGGUGAUUGACUCGGUUAAGCUUGCUACGGAGCUUCUGGCUCCCAAAGGAACUUUUAUCACCAAGGUCUUCAGAUCCCAAGAUUAUACCGCUGUCCUUUUCUGUCUUAGACAGUUCUUCGAGAAGGUUGAAGUGGAUAAACCACAAGCUAGUCGUUCAGCAUCAGCUGAAAUUUAUAUUGUGGGUUUCAAGUAUAAGGCACCGGCUAAAAUCGAUCCGCAACUUCUUGAUAUAAAGCAUCUCUUCCUAGGAGGUAAAGAGCCUCCAAAGGUGGUGGAUGUACUAAGAGGAACAAAGCAAAAGCGACACCGUGAUGGGUACGAAGAUGGAGACACAACAUUGCGGAAGGUCUGCUCUGCAGCAGACUUUGUUUGGUCUGGGUCUCCUCUUGAGAUCCUUGGUUCAGUUACUUCUAUAACAUUUGAAGAUCCUGCAUGUUUGCUAAUCAAGGAUCAUACCUUGACAACUGAAGAGGUUAUAUCUCUAUGUGACGAUCUUCGUGUUUUGGGGAAGCAAGACUUCAAGCAUCUCUUGAAAUGGCGUAUGCAAAUAAGGAAGGUGCUGUCUCCUACAGAGAAGGCUACUUCUGCUACGACGGCUGUGAAACGGGAGGGCAAGGAAGAUGAAGAUGAAAGGAUACUUAAUGAAAUGGAGGAGCUGACGAAUGCCAUGGAGCAGAAGAAGAAAAGGGCAAAAAAACUUCUGGCAAAGAGACAAGCCAAGGAGAAAGCUAGGAAAGCAUUAGGCAAGCAAAUAGACGCAACAGAGGAUGGCUAUACUGAUCAUGAAUUGUUCUCUCUAACUUCUAUCAAGGGGAAGAAAGAACUUGUGGCUGUCGAUAAUCAUGAAUAUGAUGGUGAAAAUGAUGAAAUUGGAAGUAGUGACAGCGAAGGAGGCCACGAGGAAGCACAAGGGGACGCAUCUAGUGAUGCAGACACUGAUGAAGAACACCAGAGGUAUGGCGAGCAACUGCAGGAGUUACUUGACGAAGCCUACGAAAGAUUUGUGGCUAAAAAGGAAGGAAAUACGAAGCAGAGAAAGCGUACAAAGCAAUCCUACUCAGAGGGCGAUCAACUCUUGGAGGAGGGCAACGAUGACAAUAACAUGGUUCAUUCUGAUCGAGACUCUGAUAAUGAUGGAGAUCGUGAGGUGAAUCCGCUUGUGGUACCACUCUUAGAGAAUACACCGAGUCAGGAGGAGAUUGCAGCGAAAUGGUUUAGUCAAGAUGUCUUCAUGGAUGCCGAUGAAAGAGAGGAGUUGGAGAAUGAUGAUAGCGAAGAUGAAAUGCAGAUGGAUAUGCCUGUUGAACAUCCCACAAUUCAGGAGAAGACAAUUGAAGAUUCACCAGCAAAACUCAAGGGUUCAAGAAAGACGAGUAAAUUACCGACAGUAAAAGUUUCCAAGGUGGAUGAUGAUUUUGAGAUAGUUCCUGCUCCGCAUACAGAUUCUAGUGAUUCUUCAUCAGACGACUCAGAUGAAGAUGACAUUGGUUCAAAAGCAGAGAUAUUGGCUUGUGCAAAAAAGAUGCUGACGAAAAAGCAGAGGGAACAGAUUCUUGAUGAUGCGUACAACAAAUAUAUGUUCCAUGAUGAGGGAUUACCGAAGUGGUUUGUGGAUGAGGAGAAGAAGCAUUACCAGCCAAUCAAGCCUGUGACGAAAGAGGAGAUUGCUGCAAUGAGAGCACAAUUCAAAGAAAUUGAUGCUCGGCCUGCUAAGAAGGUUGCACAAGCCAAAGCUAGAAAGAAACGAGCUGCACAUAGGCAGCUAGAAAAGGUACGCAAGAAGGCGAACUCUAUAUCAGAUCAGACAGAAAUAUCCGAUCGUUCGAAGAGGAAAAUGAUCGAACAGCUUUAUCAGAAGGCAACACCUAAGAAACCUAAGAAGGAAUAUGUGGUAGCAAAGAAGGGUGUCCAAGUCAAGGCUGGCAAGGGGAAAGUUCUUGUUGAUAGACGAAUGAAAAAAGAUGCCAGGAAGCAGGGAAUGAACAAGCGGAGGAAAGAAACAAAGGGAAAGCAGAAAGGUAAAGGAUCGGCAAAGGGACCUGGAAAGGGGAAGGAAAAGGAAAAGGGUAAGGGGAAAGGGGGAAGUAAAAUGAAGUAGAGGGAAAUGCAUGUUUGAAUGUGAUGGAGGGUUGUUCAGUAGCCAAAGGGUUGGAGAGACUUAUAACAGGGCCUCCCGCGAAGGCUGUGUAGGAAGGAGACGACGACCAGAACUGAUUUGAGUUAAGACUACGCUUGCCUUUGCUAUUAUUUAUUUUUAAUAAUUCUGUUGGUGGAGAGGUUUUGCUUUUAUUACUAUACUUUUGUUUUCUCGCCAAGGUAUUGAUGUUGCAACAGUUUUGCUCGACUGAUAUCCAUUCUGUACAAUAAGUUGUGUUUUUCAAUAA